AGGGGAGCUUGACAAAUCAAGAUGGCGACCUACGCUGAAGCAGGAAAGAGGUUUCAGUAUAAAUAAAAGCGAUUUGGAGAUUAGCUUAAAUUGGAGUGGGAGCGCUAUAAGGCGUCGUUUGGAUUUUGAAAGGACGAGACCGAGCAGAUACUGACUCUAAAUGGCUGCGAGGAAGUCUGGCUCAGAUGCAUACAACAAUGGACCCAUCAGCUAUCUUGAUGAUGUUCCCUUCAAGAUAAAUGAUAAAUUCCGCUGUCCAGCCAAAGUGGGUCUGCCUGUCGGUCUCCUUCCACCAGACUGUGGGCCUGCAUUGCGGGACACAAAGUAUGACUUUUCUCUUGAGAAGCGUAGUGUGCGGUGGGGGGCAGAACUGGCUGAGGCCAGAGCAGCAGAGGCCAGGGCAGAAGAGGCUGCAGCCAAGCAGGAGGCAGAGAGUAGGGAGUGUUUGGCCAAGGCCCAGGACAUUAAUGGUGGUGGAGGGAAGAAACCCCAGUCUGCUGCAGAGGACCAGGACCUUCCACCACCAGCACUGAACCCCGUUCUAGCAGGGCUGAGCCAUAAUGCCAUCCUCACUCCACUGCCUGCUCCGAGCUUUGGCCCAAGGAACACACAGCCCAGCACUCCUCAGCCACAUAGCCUCAAUUUAGCUGACUUUGAGCGGGAAGAGGACCCCUUUGAUAAGCUCGAACUCAAAACUUUGGAUGAUAAGGAAGAGCUGAGAAACAUCCUCCAGAGUCAGCCUCAACCUCAGCAUCCUCCUUCUGUUUCCCCACCAGAGGUCUCUCAGCUAGGGCCAACAUCACGUGGAAACAGCCCAUCUCCACCCAGCACCAACACCAGCCUCUCAGCCAAACCAGCCUUUGCCCACAAACCCAAUGGGUUGGUUGCCUUGCUGGACAUGGACAGAGUUGGGCAUCCUGGAAGGGCAGGGUUUGACACAGAUGAACGUCCUUGUAACAUCCGUUCUCUGACUUUCCCCAAGCUCACUGAUUCUGGUGACCCAGAGCCUGUAAGGUACAGUCCACUCCCUGUCCCGGUUCCUGCUCCCCGACAGAACCUGCCCAACGGCAGCCCACCAACCAUGCCGAAGGCCCAAGUUAUUGUUGCCCCUGAGCAAACCAGCCACACCAAGAGUGGUACACCAAAGCCUGCUGUCCCAGGGUCAGGAUCUGCUGGUCUGCCUUGUGGCGGAGCCCUCCUCAGCAUGACUCCCAGCGAACGUCAGUGUGUGGAAACGCUUGUGGGCAUGGGCUACUCUUAUGAGGGUGUCCUACGGGCGAUGCAAAGACAAGGGCAGAACAUGGAGCAGGUACUGGACUAUCUGUUUGUCCAUGGUCGUCUGUGUGAACGUGGCUUUGAUGAAAGUGCGGUGGAGGAAUGUUUAGAGAUGUACCAGUGCUCAGAAGAAAAGGCCUUGCAGUUUCUUGAGCUGAUGUCAAGAUUUGGUGAAAUGGGAUUUGAGCGCGAUGCCAUCAAAGAGGUGCUGCUAGUCCACAACAAUGAUCAGGACAAGGCUUUGGAGGACCUGAUGGCUCGUGCCACGGCUAGUUGAGCCUAGCCAGCCAGCUAACCAAAGCUCUACCCAGGCCAUGCCUCCCGCUACCACCCAACAGCCCCUUUCCUUCCACCCGCCCUAUCAUACCAUGCCCUGCCCUUGCCUUGGCUGUGGAAGGGACUGCUGGGAGACUGUUGAAUUUUUCUCUGUGCUAAACCGCAUUGUGUGUCAGCACUUCUUAAAGACUGUGCCUAGAGUAAAGGAGGUUAAACUGUAACUGUUCUUGAUGGUGUUCCAGGAUUUGGUACUGCUAGGUUAUUCAUGAAUAGGAGGAAUGAAUGAGCUGUGGCAUGUUGUUGCCAUUCUGAUUUGCUUCCACUUGGAAGUGUUUAUCUGACUGCAGGCAAAAAUGCAGAACCAAAUGAGGAGGAGCUGGUGACAGACUCUGGGUGCAUCGCCGAAUGACCAGUGUGAACUUUCGAAUCUCUCAAACAAAUAAGCUGCCAUCUUCCACUGUUAACAGCAGACACAGUACACGGUGGAGGGGUUAGGCGGGCUUGUGGACGCUCUGUUCAGACUGAACGAUUUUACAUUAACAAAUAAAAACAAAAGAGAGAAAAAAAAAUGGCACAGAUGGAGAGCUGACUCGAGGAUUCCCCUCUGUGCUGUCGUGCCCUGCACCUGUUUCUGUUCUACGCAAUGCUUUCACUCGUUGGUUUUUCUGUUCAUUUUGGGCACUUUUCAGUUGGUUUCAGAUUCACUUUCUUUGCUUUCUGUUUUAGGAAUUGCAUUAAUAGAGCAUUUGCCACCAUAACUCUGAACAUAAGAGUACUACUGCCCCCAUGUGCUCUUUGACCUGCACUGGAAAGCCUGCUAAAGGAGUGGUGAGAUAUGUAAGAAAUUGAGAAAUAUCCCAUGAUGUAUUGGCACUGAUGUGUCACAUACUGCACAGGCACACACCUCUCAUAAUUAUCAACUUAUUUAAAAUAGUACACUGACACUUUGAUUUUAAAAUAAAGAGGUUGAUAUAAUGUAAGAUAUGCUAACUUACAAAAGUGAUGGUUUUAACUGUCACUGGAAAACAGUGGAGGGUUUUAAAAAAAAAAAAAAAAAAAAAAGUAUGUGAGUGCUGCCUUUGCAGCCACAUCACAGUGCAAUAGAGUCAUUUCAUAUUGUUUGACUUUUGACUGGCACUUUGAGCCUCAAGUGGUUGUUGGGAGAUAAGGAAUGGUCUGCUGGCCUUGCUGGAAAUGUUGAUGCAACUAGAAAAGCUUUGAAUUUAGUGAUUUCUGUCAUUCACACACUGUUUUUUGGGCGGGAUUUGAUACCACAAAAUCAAAUCCAACAAUACUUUCUUUGUUGGUUUGUCCACUGUUUUUCUUUGUGUAAUAUAUAAUGAGUGUUCAUUCAGAUUUUUAGUUUGGUCAACAUCGCCGUAGUCUUAAAUGGAACAUUUAAACAAAAAGGUUGAAAACAUUUUUUCCAGGAUGUUGAUUGGGUAAAAUUGUUUAAAAGAAGGCUGGGAUGCUUUAUUUUUAUUAUAUAUGUGGUAAUGGAACUCCUGAGUUUCAUGUUUAAAAAGUGUGUCUGGUUUGAUGGGGGAUUGUGAGAGGCGUGGUAACAUUUAAGGGCUUAACUUAAGCAAAAAGUGACUCAGAGAACUGAAACUUUGCUUGGUAUCAGUGUAGUUCAGAUGUGAGGAGACCGCUUCUAACCAACAAUCUGUUCUGGUGUUUUUUUUUGGUUGGGGGUUGGGGGGGUUGCCAAUGCAGAAAUUAUUUUUCCUUGUUUUGAUAGAAAAUUAGUGACCAAGUGUCUGUGGAAUACACAGUACCAUUCAAACCAUAAAUAUGAACACGUUUGCAGUAAAUUCCAAGAAUGCUCACUUAAGUGUUUGCUUUACUGUCAUACAUUAUAAAUUUACCCCAGAGGUUGUUUUUUUUUGGGGGGGGGGCAUUAUUUGUUUCAGCUGAAUAGCAUGUCUUGAGCGAGGUGUCCUGUUACUUCAACCAGCCUUUUGAAUCUGACAUGUCAACAAAAAGGUUUCACUUUUUAAAAAAAUGCCUUCCUUUUCAUUUACCAGACUAAAGAAGACAGACACACACACAAAUGGUAUUACAGCCUCUGUACUUGACUGUAGUGUGGCUUUGUUAAUAAUAGAUAAAGCUGGUGUCCACUUGCUGCUUGUCUGACAGCUCCACACGCCGGACCGAUGAUUGGAAUUUGGAAAAAUCUAAUCUGGAUCUCCAAUUGAUGCCUCCUUGCUUUUGUUCUAACUUUGGGAGUUGUGCGAGGAUGAAGUGCAACUGGGUUGUCAUUAUUAAGGGGAUCAUGUUUAAGCAUUCAUAUAUCUAAAUCUCCAUUGAUUAAUCUAAUGAACAUUGCGAUAUUUAAUAUAAUAAAUGGUGGGUGAGUGUCUUUCCCAAGCCCCUAAAAUGUGAUUCCAAAAAUGUUUAGUUUCCUCAUUAUUUGGAAAUGAUUAAAUGUGCACAUCUUUUGAGUGGUGAGACUGUUGAGCUUUUUUAUGUUUUGAUUUUAUUUUCUCAUGUUGGACAACAACAGAUUCAAAGUGGUACAUGAAUCUGGUAAGGAAUUACACUUCCCCAGCCACUCGCUUUUCUCUUCUGCAUUUGUAUUCUGUGUUUAGCUGAAAAGACAGCAACAAUACAGAUAAUUGUUUUGUCAGUGGUAACUGGAAACAUCCAACUCUGAAGCUUUGUCAGCAGAAUAUACAACAGCAGAGAGGCCAAACGGACCCUGACUGCAAGGUAUAGAAACAGAAGACUAUAGUCAUGUGUAACAACUUUUAAUAGACAUGAGGUAAAGUACUCAACAUCUGUGUGAUUCCAGAUUUUCAUACCUCAGUGCUCAUGCCAGCAGUAAGCCCGCUUCAGAAAAAUCCAGUGAGCCCACUGUUAUAGUGAAUUGUCUGCAUCUAUGCAGCGCCUUUUAACAUCACAAAGAGCUUUACAUUCAGAUGCUGGCACACAUACAGGAUGUUUCCCCACCAUUAGGAGCAACUUGGGGGUUGGUUUCUUGCCCAGAGCUGUAUUGGCAUGUGAAGGGGUUGGAGACCAGAUGGCCGAACUGCAGCUGUGGAACAAUCCGCUAUAGCAGGGAUCCUCAAAUCCAGGCCUCGAGGUCCCGUGUCCUGCAGGUUUUAGAUGUGUCCCUGAUCCAACACACCUGAGUCAAAUAUAGACGUCAUUAGCAGGACUCGGGAGAACUUGACUGCAUACUGAGGAGGUAAUUCAGCCAUUUGAAUCAGGGACACAUCUAAGACCUGCAGGACACUGGACCUCGAGGCCUGGAUUUGAGGAUGCCUGCGCUAUAGCAUCCCACCCCUGUCAAAAGAAUGUGUUUUUAAUGUGUAUUAUCUUACACACUG